AUGUUUGGAGACCGCUUACCUGAUGUUCCGGGUAGUUGGGAGGAGAAGGAGUUAUUGCGGGAUCUGCUUCACGACUAUGAGAAGAAGGCUCGCCCUGUGGUGGACGGAGUUUCACCAAUUGCUCAGCUCUCAGAGACUCUCUCAGUGCAGCAGAUUACAAUCGAGUUUGGCCUUUCACUCAUCCAAAUCCUCGAAUUGGAUGAAAACGAACAAGUCCUCACGACGAGUAUUCGGACACUCUAUGUGAGCCCUCGUACCUCAUUCAAAACUUCUAAAGUUAAGAUUGAAAAACAAAGAUGGAAGGACUACCACAUGGUCUGGGACCCUGCUGAGUACGGUAACAUCACAUCAGUUCAAAUACCAACUUCAAAACUCUGGCUUCCGGAUAUAGCCUUGUAUAAUUAUGCUGAUGAAAGACUGGAAGAGAGAAGACGCUCCGACCUGUUGGUCUCUUACACAGGAACGGUGGAGUGGCAGCCACUGGCCAUCUACAAGAGCGCCUGCUUUGUCCACAUCAAGUACUUUCCUUUUGAUCAGCAAAAUUGUAGAUUCAAGUUUGGGCCCUGGACCUAUGAUGCUGCACGAACGAACAUAACUUUCUACAACAACUCGGACGGGUGGUUUUUGAAUGAUUACGAGGAGAGUCCGGAAUGGGAGCUGCUGGCCACCAAGGCCGUCUUCACAGGCUUUAAGUACCAGUGCUGCGCCGAAAUCUACCCCGACAUUACAUUUCAGCUGGUGAUCAAGCGUCAGCCGGCCUUUUACAACUACGUCAUCAUUCUCCCCUGUUUCCUGCUUUCCUCGCUUACGCUCGUCCUCUUCUGUCUCCCUGCCGAAACACCUGCAAAGAUGCAACUCGGUGUGUUGACAAGUCUGGGCCUCUCACCCAUUUAUUCCACUCUGCUUUACCGGCAUCAGGCGAUCCUAGUUUUCUCGACUUGCAUACUUAGAUUUCCUAUGACUAGGUAA